AUGACGAUGUCGAGACCAACUCGUCGUGACGAGUUCGGUGUGGCGAUAGUAUGCGCUCUUCCUCUCGAAUACAAUGCCGCCACUUUGGUGUUUGAUGAAAUCUGGGAAGGGCAAGACUUCGGCAAAUCGCUUGGCGACUACAACACAUACACACUGGGUCGCAUAGGUCAGCAUAAUGUUGUAUUGGCCUUACUCGAGAUGGGAAAAGUCGAGGCCGCGGGCGCGACAACGAGCUUACGCCAUAGCUUCACCGCCGUCAAGCUGGCUUUCUUGUGCGGCAUAUGCGGUGGAGUGCCAAACCCGAAGCCCAACGUUCAAGUUCUGCUGGGUGACGUAGUCAUCGCCGACCGUGUUGUUGAAUACGACUACGGUCGGCAGUAUCCUGACGAAUUCGUCAGAAACACUGCGACCGGCGGGUCGGACGUGCAAAGCAGAGAAGCCGGUUCAUAUUUUCGCCAUUUGAAAAUGGAUCACCAGAUUGAUCGACUACACGUUCGAAUCCCCAAAGCGAUAGAAGCGCUCCAGCAGAAAAGUGCAGCAAACGGACGCCCGUUGAAAUACAUGCGUCCUGGAGAUGACACAGACAUCCUCUUCCAAGCGAACUACCUCCACAGGCAUCAAAAUCAGUCACAGUGCGUUUGUGGCGAAGGCAAUAUCUGCAACGAAGCGAAAACAGCAUCUUGUUCCGAUUUGAAGUGCGAUAUCAACUAUCAGACAGCCAGAACACGGAUCGAUAUCCUGCAGCAACGGAAGCUUGGCGUAGAUGGGGACACUGCGACCACGGCGAAGCCAGGACCACGAGUUUUCUUUGGCAAUGUAGGCUCGGGAGACACUGUGAUGAAGUCAGGGCAACAUCGCGACAAGGUGGCUCAAGAGCACGAUAUUAUUGCGUUCGAGAUGGAAGGUGCCGGUGUGUGGAAGGCUAUUCCUUGCAUCGUCGUGAAGGCAGUAUGCGACUAUGCCGACAGUCACAAAAACAAAGAGUGGCAGGCCUUCGCGGCCGCAGUAGCUGCUUCUGUCACGAAGCUGAUCCUUGGAGAAUACGUCUCCGCGAUAGCGUCAGCAGCCGAGCAGGCUAGUCACCCUUCAAGGUCGGCCACUGAAAGCACAGCAGAAUCUGGUCCAACCUUUCUUGUGCCCUACCCUGAAAACCCAGAUUUCGUUGACCGUUCGGAAGUCUUCGGCAAGCUGAGAGAGCUUUACGGCCACGCAAACAGUGACAAGAAGGCACACACAAGACUCGCGCUUUACGGCCUAGGUGGCGUUGGUAAAACACAGAUAGCACUGGCCUACUGUUACUGGUUUCAAGACAGAUUCCCCGACGCCCACGUCUUUUGGGUUCAUGCGAGCAACAUCGAUCGCUUUCGUCAGGCUUUCACUGAGAUAGCUCAAGAAUGCAACAUUGCGGAACACGAAACCACUGGCGAUAUCCUCACUCUGGUCAAAAAAUGGCUCGAAAACAGAAGAAAGGCCGGGCGCUGGCUUCUUGUCAUUGACAACGCCGAUGAUAUCGAAGUCUUCUUCCCUCCAAGCCGAUCGAACAAGGAUCCCAACUUGAGCAGUCAAAAUCCAGAAGCAGAAACUUGCGUUGGGCGCUUCAUACCUAAUUGCAACCAUGGUUCUGUUCUUAUCACGACUAGGAAUAAGCAAGCAGGCUUGAGACUCGCUCCAGGAAAGGAUAACAUCAUCGAGGUCGGCUGUAUGACCGAAACGGAGACCGAAUCACUGCUGCACUCCCUACUAUCUGAGAUCGAGGACAUCUCGUCUCAGGAGACGUCACUUCUCUCGAAUCGGCUAGAACACCUACCAUUAGCCAUUGCGCAGGCGGCAUCCUUCAUCAACGAAAAUUCCAUAUCCAUCAACGAAUACAUUAAAUUGCUAGAUCAAAGUGAUCUAAGUCUAGUGGAACGCCUAAGCGAGCCUUUCGAGGCAGUUGGGCGGGAUUCGGAGACACCGCACGCGCUUACGGCAACUUGGAUGAUCUCCUUCAACCAAAUCAAGCAGCAAUAUCCGUUGGCAAGCGAUGCUUUGUCAUUCGCCAGUCUUCUCGAUCGUCAGGGCAUUCCCAAACGGCUCAUUCGGGACUACUGCUACGACAGGCUCGAGGAACUGUCGUCUUCCGAGGAUCCCUUUGAAAAAGGCAAUGUUGCUUUACAGGUUACCAAAGUCUUGGGUACUCUUCUCGCAUUCUCAUUCAUCUCCAAGGCUGGCGACGACUUGUUUGAUAUGCACAGGCUAGUGCAGUUGACAACCCAUAAACGAUUGAUCGACGAAAAAAGCAUGGAUUCAUAUGCAAACAGCGCCAUUGCGACUAUUACCUUCCUCACGCAUUGGCAGUCUUGGGACGCGCUCAACUCGAUGAGCGAGAGCCCCGCAUUCAAGCGGCCUACAUCAACUGCGAGGUUGCUGCGCACUUAUUUUCUCUGA